CAGCUCCACUCAGAUCUCUUCUGAGGGGUUGCAUUUCAUCACAAUAUAAAAUGGGCAAAUCCAUCACUUUCCUCCACUCCGUGCUCUUGACUCAAGAUUGAAGGGAAAAUUAGGAGCUGCUCAUUUGGGCUGGCAGGCUCAGCUGUGCUGUUCAGCUCUCUGACGCUCUCCUGUGUCCUGUUGGAAAGGGUCAACAAGUGCUGGGGAGGGCACAGGGAAGCAGAGGCUGGCGUCACCUUCUGUUGCUAAGGUAACGUGCUCUGGCCAUUUUAUCUGAUAAAGGAAGUCCAGUGGAUGGAAUGCAUUAUUCAUCACUGAUCUAAUCAAACAAUCAAAACUGUUUACUUUCACCGGGAAUAUUUAGUGAGAUCAAAGACACCUGGCUGAAACUGCCCUUGUUGGAUUGCUGACAGUGAACCCUGGAUAUUUCUGCAGCAUUAAAGUGAACAUUUUCUCUUGGAAGUCUGUGAUUGAACCUCCAGGAUGGAUUAUCCCAAAAUGGAUUAUUUUCUGGAUGUCGAGUCUGCUCAUAGACUUUUGGAUGUGGAGUCAGCUCAAAGGUUCUUCUACAGUCAAGGAGCUCAAGCUCGCCGGGCGACCCUGCUCCUGCCUCCCACAUUAAUGGCGGCAUCUUCGGAGGAUGACAUAGACCGGCGGCCCAUCCGGAGAGUGCGCUCCAAGAGCGACACGCCGUACCUCGCCGAGGCCAGGAUCUCCUUCAACCUGGGGGCAGCUGAGGAAGUGGAGAGGCUGGCGGCUAUGCGUUCUGACUCCCUCGUGCCGGGCACCCACACCCCACCCAUCCGGAGGAGAAGUAAGUUUGCCAACCUGGGAAGGAUUUUCAAGCCUUGGAAAUGGAGGAAGAAGAAAAGCGAGAAGUUCAAGCACACAUCAGCCGCCCUGGAGAGGAAGAUCUCGAUGAGGCAGAGCAGAGAGGAGCUGAUCAAGCGGGGCGUCCUGAAGGAAAUCUACGACAAAGAUGGGGAGCUGUCCAUAUCAAAUGAAGAUGACUCCCUGGAAAACGGGCAGUCCCUAAGUUCCAGCCAGCUGUCUCUGCCUGCACUGUCCGAAAUGGAGCCAGUCCCGAUGCCCAGGGAUCCCUGCUCGUACGAGGUGCUCCAAGCUUCAGACAUCAUGGAUGGACCAGUGUCUGAAGAGAGUCCCUCUGCCAGUGAAUCUGGAGUCCUCCUGUCCCAAGAUCCUUCAGCCAAACCAGUCCUGCUACUGCCCCCCAAAAAACCUGCUGCUUUCUCUGGAGACCAUGAGGAGACCCCAGUGAAGCAGCUGUCCCUUCUCAAGCAGCCCCCGGCCCUGCCUCCCAAACCCACUGCCCGGAUUGCCAACCACUUAACAGAUCCUGGCGCCCCUGUGAAAUUGCCUUGUCUGCCAGUGAAACUGUCGCCUCCGCUACCUCCAAAGAAAGUGAUGAUCUGCAUGCCCGUAGGGGGACCAGAGCUCUCCCUGGCAUCCUAUGCAGCGCAGAAGAGUGGCCAGCAGGGUGUGGCCCAGCACCACCACACCGUCCUGCCGUCCCAGAUCCAGCACCAGCUGCAGUAUGGCAGCCACGGCCAGCACCUGCCCUCCUCCACCGGCACCCUCCCCAUGCACCCGUCGGGCUGCAGGAUGAUAGAUGAACUGAACAAGACACUGGCCAUGACCAUGCAGAGGCUGGAAAGCAGCUCGGAGCAGCGAGUCCCGUGUUCCACCUCGUACCACAGCUCUGGAUUGCACUCGAGUGACGGUGUCACAAAAGCAGGACCUAUGGGCCUUCCGGAAAUCAGACAAGUGCCAACAGUUGUGAUUGAAUGUGAUGACAAUAAGGAAAACGUGCCUCACGAGUCCGACUACGAAGACUCUUCUUGCCUCUACACGAGAGAAGAGGAGGAAGAGGAAGAGGACGAGGAUGAUGACAGUUCAUUGUACACCAGCUCCCUGGCCAUGAAGGUCUGCAGAAAGGACUCAUUAGCCAUCAAACUCAGCAACAGGCCCUCCAAGCGAGAGCUGGAAGAAAAGAACAUCCUGCCCAGACAGACAGACGAGGAGAGGCUGGAGCUGAGGCAGCAGAUCGGCACCAAGCUCACCAGGCGGCUGAGCCAGAGGCCCACGGCAGAGGAACUGGAGCAGAGGAACAUCCUGAAACCUCGGAAUGAACAAGAGGAACAAGAGGAGAAAAGAGAGAUCAAGAGGCGGUUAACACGAAAGCUCAGUCAGAGGCCCACGGUGGAAGAGCUCCGGGAAAGGAAGAUCCUCAUCCGCUUCAGUGACUACGUGGAGGUGGCUGACGCUCAAGACUAUGACCGCAGGGCAGACAAGCCAUGGACCCGCCUCACUGCUGCCGACAAAGCUGCCAUUCGGAAGGAGCUCAACGAGUUUAAAAGCACUGAAAUGGAAGUCCAUGAACUGAGUAGGCACUUAACAAGGUUUCACCGACCUUAGCAGUGGGGUUCCUCCCGAGCGCUCUGCUGGCUUCCAAACAUAAGUCUGUAAGAACCAUAAGUGCUGGCAUUAUUCACUUCCCGUUCCGGUGUAAAUCUUCUGAACUGCCUUUUUUUUUUUUUUUUUUAAAAGAAGAAAAAUAAAAGGAAACAAUCAGGAUUCUAUGUGCAAAGACAUGGCGGUGACCAGUCCACGGUCAGAGCUGCUGGUGCCACUUCGGGUACCAACGCAUGUCCCACUGUGCAGCUGGGGCCCGGGCCGAAGACCUCCCAGAGUCGGCAUGGCCUCAUCCUCUCCUUCCAGGCCCAGCAGGCACCCCGUUCAUCCAGCUCCAACACUCCCCUUCCUCAUGCACAUGGGACUGUCACCUGCAUCCAGAGCAAGCGGAGGCGGUGGGCUUGGCCUUGGAGUGACUGUGCAGAGCUGGAGAUCUGGCUGGCCUCCUGGACUCGGCACUAGUCCCAACGUGGCAUCUGGUUUCAGGGUCCCCAAGGAGGGUGAUGCUGGGGGACACUGCACCCUCGGUUGCCCUCUUCUGGGGUGUGUGUGGCUCACUGGUCCCAGCAUAUGGAUAGCUGUGACAGGCUGACUCUGGGUAGUCCCUGUCCCCUCCACCAAGGGGGAGCUGCUUCCCAGGAGGCUGUGGUUUCCCAAGGGAAAAUUGUCACCUUCUCAGUGCAGAUUCAUUCACUCAUGCAAGUUCAGAAAGCUCAGUGUCAUGGGUGAUAUAACACCACCGCUAAGGAAUCCCCUGGUGUUUAUGCAUAGGAGCCGAGGACCCUGCAGGGGACAGAAAGGCUGGGCCCAGAAACUCUGCUUGGCCACUGUUUUUAAUCUUCCUGUGUACCUCUAGGCCAGCAGUUGCGUGGCUUGGAAGUUAAUGACUUCAGGGUAUAGGGCCAGUGUGUGGUGGCCAGAAACCAUUCCUGGAAGAUGGGCUGGAAGAGGGGCUCCAGGAGCCUAGCCCUCCAGCACCACUCAGUGGCCUUCCACUCUCCUCUCUUUGCACUAGGAAUUUCUCUGGAAAAGCUCAGAAUUUGCCAUGUGCACUGUGGGGCAGACACCAGAUGCACCUGCUCCUGGCCUUCCCUCCGCAACUGUCCCAGGAGAUUCCUCCCCUUCUCCUGAGAUACUGGAUGAGCGGAGAUGUGGCUCCAACUGUCCUGAGCCCCAGAGCCCCAGAAAAGCAAUGCUCUGUUAACAGAGACACUGAGGGUUGGGGUGCAAUGGGGGAGGGACAUGCACCCCAAGCCCUAAGAGGUACCCCGAAGUAGCCUGCUGCAGGGUUUCUUGCUUUUCUUGCAGACCUGGCUCUCAGGCUCUCGGGGCAGGGCUCUGCCUGGUCUCCUCUGCUGGCUCCAGAGUCACCAGGUUAUUCUGGGUGAUGACUUACUCUCUACCACACAUGCUCAGCAUCAAGAAGAUGCUAGCCUGGCCACCCUGGAAAGAAUCAAGUCCUCACCCCAAGCCCAGCAGGAGCCAGUCUUAGGACACAGCACCCAGCAAGCAGGCCCUGGAAUUCCCUGGCUCCAGGGAAGCCCUAACCCAGGAGCCUGGGAGAUUUGUAGAGAGCCCAGGGCAGCUCUGGGGACAGCACCCCCAGCCGCUGUGACCUCCCGAGGUCCAGAGCUAGCCGGCCUCUGCCCAGCCCCAGAAGGACCCCAUCGCUAGAUCUCUUUUUUCCCCCUUUGUUGUUUUCUUUGGGUGUUGAAUCUGAAUGGUUCCUGUAGUCAGAGAGGUAUUCAGGGAAAACACAGUCAGGAUUUUAGCAUGGCUGUGAAUGCAUCUUCCCAAAAGGCUUACUGGCAUUUGAAUGUGCAAAUGGUAGAACGGAAGACUCGUGCUUUCUCGCUGAACAUCCUGAGGGCAGGUGGGGCCGGCAAGUGUGCGUGUGUCCCAGCCAGGUCAUCCACCAGGCCAGGCCUGGCCCAGGGCUGCACUUCCCCUAGCUCACAGCUGAGCCGCAGCUGGCACCUGGAGCUCAAGUGUGACUGCCCUGACAGCUGGGCUUUUCCUGGCCAGGAGUGAGUCCUAAGGGAACUCAGUCCUUAGAAGUCACCUGGACUUCUCCCCUGCUGGGCGUGGUUCUGGGCCCUCAGGUUCCCUGGGAAUAGAAGGCUCCAAGGGACCUCCCCACAGGCAGCCACCAGCCAGCACAUGUGCCCCAGGAGCCCUGGGCUUGCAGCCCACUUGGUGCAUAAAGAGAUGGAGGGCACUGUUCACUCCUCUCCCUGCAGGGCACCCUUCUCAGAAGUCACCGCUGAGUUAGGGGUGCACGUCCCACACCCUGGGAAGUCACCUGCCUUUGGGACUGGCUAUUUCUAAGCAGUUCUGUUGACUUAGCACCCUCUGUGGCCUGCAGGCUGGGGCCUCUUCUGUCUCUGUCUUAAAACCUUGAGGUCUCUAGAAAGAUCUCUCACAUUUCUUUUGGCCAUAGUCUUGUGACAACAGAAGCCAUCUGUGUUACUUUCCAAGAUGAUAAACUGACAUUAAUUAGGUGGCUUAAAAAAGAAAAGAAAAAAAUAGAUGGGCUUAAAAUGCAUUUCUUUAAACAAAAAAAAAAAGCCUACAGUUUUCAAGCCAGGUUAUUUCUGAGUGCAUACAUCCCCAACUGAGCAAUAUGUCAUAGAAUUAGGGGGAGAGGGAAAAUUUGAAAUAUGUCAAAUCACGUUUCCCUCUCAAAGUAAGACAGCAAUCCAUCUCCAUCUCAGUGACUGAAGAGACUGCAGCCGGCCUACCUGCCUUUUCCAAGUUCCUGGUAACUUCAUCCCAAA